GGUAAAUUAUUGCAACCACGUCUUUAUCGGAUCACAAGAUUUGUAUCAAUAUCUAUGCUGUGAUGACUACUGUUUCUAAGCCUGAUGAGUCGUCUUUUGAUGUUCGAACCUUGUCGAUGAAAACCUGCGGCUCCCGUCUUUGUGUGGGAUUUUGCUAUUGCUCGGGAGUGGUGAAGUUCCGCAAGUCAGAGUCGGUGGGAACUGUGGACAUUCCUUUCCCAAGUCUUGGAGCUUGUCCAUCUUUAACUUUGUCAAUGUCCCCAAACAUGAACUUUUCUUCAAGAAUGGCUUUGGCUCCCACAUCGCCAAUGAAGCGUUCAAAAUCGGUACCGAAUAUUCUUUCUGGUGAAUAUCCGAAUUCCGUUUGUGUCGUUGCCAAUUCAAUCGAUGAAAACGGAGAUGCAGGUGUAGACGUUACGGAUUGUGCUUCUACAAAGCCACUGGUUCUUGGAAAAGACAAUUAUCAAGACAACUACUGGGAUUCUCAAGAGACGAAUCAUCGUAAUGCCGAUAUGAAGACUCCAAAGAAAAAAGUUGGAAAAAUUUCGAAAUUUGUCAACAUCUGCGUUUCUGAAUUGAAGAAAUUCAAGAAUCCGAACUCUGGUGUCACAUCGAUUGAUGGUGUUGAAAGGUUGAAGAAGGAGAUUGCUCCUCUUCCCUCUAGCCCACUCAAGCUCACAUCUACAUCUACAAUCGAGUUUCAGUCAACUGUCACUUCUAGUUCACCAAUAAUGAGAUCUCGUGAAACUACGUCAACUAUUCAAAGAUCGAAAAUAAUUUCUUCUACUACAAAGGUCAUGUCAGACAUGUUGAUGGAUAAAGAAGGAAAGGAUUCAGAAAUCUCUGAAAACAGUAUCAACUGCUCUACAAACUUGGCUGUCAAUAAGAUGGGCGAUGUGCCAUCUCUUUCACAAUUUGAGGAUGCAGAUGGACUCCAGAAGAAGUUGACUGAGCCAGUGGAACUGCCAGCCAAGAGCCAAGAGGUGUACCAAUAUGAUGUUUCUGCCAGCCCAGCCAAAGAGGAUCUGAAGUGGAGUACUCUGAAGAAAAUUGAUCUGAUUGUCCCUUCGUUCAGAUCAAAGAAACGAGGACUUGUCGCACAUUUGAAGAGUUCCCCAAUAAGUAAGAUCAGUUAUGAUGGUUCGCCAAGCAAACAAGUUGGUGUGUUGGAUGGUGAGAUUACUGACGAUGGGAGAAUUGAUUCUGGCCCGGCUAAAGCCAUUAUUCCAACAUCGACUGAAAAUAUCAUUAUGCCAAAGGAAUUGAAUAUUUCUGAUAUUGGAGAAAAAGCAGAAGUAUCUCGUGGUUUGCGAAAGCGUCAUUUGGAAGAUAGUUCUACUCCUUCAUCUCGAGGACCGUCUACUCCUGCAAAACUCAUCACUGAUGAAGAUGCGACCAACAAAAAGAAGCGCGUUCUCGGUAAAAACAUGGUGGAUAACAAAGCCUCUUCUCCCAACAAAGAACACAUCUUACCAAUUGACCAGCUCAAUAACAGUUCUGCGAUGGGAAUCAGCAGUGAGAACACUGCACCAAUGGAGUUGAAAGCUACUGGAAAUGACCCGGUCUCGGAUGGAGGUGGAUACAAGUUUCUUGUAACUGCCGAAACUGGACGGAAGUUCGAUGAGUUCAGAGCUAAGCGACAAAGACUUCGUGAAUCGUGGAUGGAGAAUAAAUCUCCAACUUCGAACAAAAAUGUUCAAACUACUGCUGUUACUAGUGGUUUCCAAUCAAAUGAGCAAGCUCCGGAAAACCUUCCUGCCACAAUGGAAUGUUUGAAUAAGGAAGCUGCAACUACUCCAAUGAAUGACAAUCGUGCUUUGUUGACAGAAGUUGGGCCAGAAGCUGCACUUGCUGAACCAAAACUGGGCAAGCCACUGUUGCCAGUUGAGAAUGUGUUGCAGUAUUCAAAGUCUCCAUCAAAGACAGCUGUCACUAACAAGCCGACAAAAACCGUUCUCAAAGCAAAUUUCAAUGCUCCAAUUGGAAAGAUCAACUCGGACAUCAGCUUUUUCACUCCAAAGAAGGUGUUUGGGAAGAGCGAGUAUCAAUACGGACCAUCAAUGGGCAAACUGAUUCAAAUGAUGGGUACUGGAACUCCAAAGAAGGUGUUGCCAGAGUUUGGAUCGUCUUCAAAGACUGCAUUAUUCUCGCCACGAAAAGAAGAACAUUGUGCUGGUGCUCCACGUGGUUCAUGGAAGAUUGCAAAAAUGCGUGUACGCACCAAACUGUCCAACUUCUAUCCAUCAAGCCGCUCUAAAAAUUCGCAGCAAAUUCGCGGGAAAUGGUUGGGACAGAAUAUUGUUCAGUUCUCGGGUCAUCAUUCCAUGAUUGCUCAGUCUGCAAACGACAAGCACGGAGCCAAUUUGAUGGAGAUUUCUGCUCAACCAUCUACAUCUACCACUGCCCAAAACAUCUAGAACAAACAAACAAGAAUCGAUACAGUUUGAAAAUGUUUUGAAUCUGACUAUUUAUUUCGCUUUUUGACCCAUAUUCCCUUUCUAUUAAAGUUUUUUUCCAUAGUUGUAAUCAAAUACAUUUGCUUUGGCAUUAGUCAAAGUUUUUGUUUAUUGUCUCCUAAUAUUCCCAAUAAGUAUUAUCGUAAUUACUUUUAAUUCUAAUUGGUUAUAAGAUUGUUUUAUCAUAUCCGUUUUGUAUAAUUUGAAUUCUAUGCGAAGAAUAAAUUGAGUGCAGGUUUCG